UGCUCAAAGUUUGUUAUUGUCCGGCUGAUUUUGUUGCUAAUUUUUUGUUUAUAUUUGGCCAGGAGGCCAAAAUGCUGCGAAAUCUUAGCCGCAAAACGGCUCCAAAACACUGUCGCACUUGUCUCGUCAAAUUGGACAAAGGCGAACUAAAGGAGCAGGAGAUUAUGGAGAUUCCAAUUAGCCAGGAGUUGGAAAAGCUACUUAAUAUUUAUAAUUCCAUGGAUAACAGGCCCGAUAACCUGCUGGAGGAGCACUGGUGGCCAAGGACACUGUGCUCCCAGUGCCAGGAUACAGUAAAGAUCUUUGAAAAGUUUCGUAGAAAAGCAGAAGAUUCCAGGCAACAGUUGCUAGAGCUUCUGAAAGAGGAGAGUGAACCGGAGGAGCACGAGGAGGAGGACACCCCAGAUCAGGAGCCUAACUUCGAGGUGGUCUACGAUCACCUGGAUACGAAUCCCCACAACGGGCAGGACUCGUUACAAAGCUCGGAGUCGCCAGAACCGCCCGAUCCCGACCCCAAACCAGAUCCCAUUGCCAAAAGAGAGGAGAAAUCCCCCAGCAGGAGAACCAGAAACAGCCUGAAGUGCUCACUGUGCCGGCACAGCUUUGCCAAUCAGCUGACCCUCUCGGCGCACGUCCGGAAGGUGCAUGAGGGCAGCAAGCGACCGUUCCAGUGCGACAAAUGCGAGAAGGCCUACAGUUUCAUGGGCGGUCUGUACACCCACAUCCGGGAGGUGCAUGCUCCGCUAGAGCGUCGGCAUCCCUGCGACCAGCCUGGCUGCGAGCGGGUUUACACCAGCCGGGUGGCCAUGCAGAAGCACAAGCGACUUAAGCAUAAUCCCAGAGCUCGGGAUCUGGCGCGAAAGUUCAUUUGCGAACAAUGCGGUGCCAGCUUUAACCAAUCCGCCAAUCUGAAGUACCACCGACGCACCAAACACCCCACGGAGGACGAGGUGGCCGCCAAGGAGGGCGGCAGCGGCGAGCGUUACUUCUGUGAGCCCUGCCAGAAGGAGUUCCAUUCGCGGUACACGCUCAAGUAUCACACCCUGCAACAGCACUCCGCCGGAGACGCGGGACAGGAGGCGGUACUGCCACACGAGUGCCAGGUUUGUGGCCGCCGGAUGGCCAAGAAGUUCAUGCUGCUGCAGCACAUGCUGAUGCACUCCAGCGAGAAGCUGCCCUGCGAGCACUGUGGCCGCCAGUUCGCCCGCCGAUUCGAGCUGGAGGCCCAUGUCCGGGCGGUGCACCUCAAGCUCAAGCCCUUUACCUGCCACCACUGCCCCGAGAGCUUCGCUUCGCGGAAAACCCUGCGCCAUCACGAGUACAUCCACACGGGAGAAAAGCCGUAUGUGUGCGACACCUGCGGCCAGGCCUUCCGGCAGCAGACGUGCCUCAAAAACCAUCGCAAAGUCCAUGAAAAGUAGUCCAUAAGUCGAACUUUAAACUCAAAAAACAAGCAUUAACUUAACUAACUU